CGUCGACCGCCGCUCCACCGGAAGCAGCCGUCCAGUGUUUUCCGUAGUCAUCGUUGCCUAGCUGGUAACUUCUGCCUGCACAAAGGAAGCCUUCGGUCUUUUUUGUUUUUUAGUGUUUUCUCUUGAACAUUCUGGUUCAGACAUGCCGCUGGAGAAUCUAGAGGAAGAGGGUCUUCCCAAGAACCCCGACCUGCGGAUAGCGCAGCUGAAGUUCUUGCUCACCAUGGAGGGACACCGGCAGGAUGCUAAAGUUAAGACCGAGCUGAUGGACGCCAUCAGAGCUAACAACAUGGCGCCCUACUACGAGGGUCUGUGCAAGGAGCUGAAGUGGCAGCUGGACACCGACCUCCUGAGUAAGAUGAAGAAGGCCAACGAGGAGGAGCUGAAGCGGCUGGACGAUGUGCUGGAGGAUGCGGAGAAGAACCUGGGAGAGAGCGAGAUCCGAGACGCCAUGAUGGCCAAGGCUGAAUAUCUCAUCAGGAUCGGAGACAAGGACGGUGCUUUAACAGCCUUCAGAAAGACCUACGAUAAGACAGUGGCUCUUGGUCACAGACUAGACAUCGUUUUCUACCUGCUGAGGAUCGGCCUCUUCUACAUGGACAGCGACCUCAUCACACGCAACUCGGAAAAAGCCAAGAGCCUCAUCGAGGAGGGGGGAGACUGGGACCGGAGGAACCGUCUGAAGGUCUACCAGGGCCUCUACUGCGUGGCCAUCAGGGACUUCAAACAGGCCGCGGAGCUCUUCCUCGACACGGUGUCCACCUUCACCUCCUACGAGCUCAUGGACUACAAGACGUUUGUCACCUACACCGUGUACGUCUGCAUGAUCGCGCUCGAAAGGCCCGACCUGCGGGAGAAGGUUAUAAAGGGAGCAGAGAUCCUGGAGGUGCUGCACAGUCUCCCUGCUGUCCGUCAGUAUCUCUUCUCGCUCUACGAGUGCCGUUACUCCGUCUUCUUUCAGUCUCUGGCCAUGGUGGAGCAGGAGAUGAAGAAGGACUGGCUCUUUGCGCCACACUACCGCUACUACGUGAGGGAGAUGAGGAUCCAGGCCUACAGCCAGCUGCUGGAGUCCUACCGAUCCCUCACGCUGGGCUACAUGGCCGAGGCCUUCGGAGUCAGCACGGAGUUCAUCGACCAGGAGCUGUCUCGAUUCAUAGCGGCCGGCCGCCUUCACUGUAAAAUCGAUAAAGUCAACGAGAUCGUGGAAACCAACAGACCUGAUAGCAAAAACUGGCAGUACCAGGAAACUAUCAAGAAGGGCGACCUGCUGCUCAACAGAGUCCAGAAGCUGUCGAGAGUCAUCAACAUGUAACCGCCAGGAGAAAAACCUUCCUCUACACAAAGUCCUUCUUAUAUUGUGUGUACAUAAUAAACCCCGUUUAACUGUUGACA